AUGGCUGGCUUAACUCAACUUGCGCUCUUUUGCUUUGCGUGUGUGCUGACUGGUUCGUCGCUCGUUGCGGCGCUGCCCUCAACCAAGAAUAGUGACGCUAUGCGAGCCUCUGCUCAAGAGUUCGACGUCGACGUCACUGCGACCGCCGACCAAGUCGUCUUCUCCCACUGCACUCCCGACCAAGAGCAGAAAAUCAACGACGCCAUCCCUGUGGCCCAGGAUUGGGCUCUCGAAUCAGUGACGUACGCGAAUCAUACAGCGGCUGCCGACGCGCGAUACAAGAUAUGGUUUGGCGAGUACAGUCAGGCACGAUUCAACGAAGUGAUUGGCCGUAUGGCCGCAGUAAGGACGAUUCAUUAUGACUUCUGGACAUACGAGUGCACCCCAGACUGCGGUUUGCUUUCGCCACUGACCCACGCAUUCGUCACCCCCAACCGACAAUCGGUUGUCAAUCUGUGCCCCGCCUUCUGGAAGAGUGACAAUAACGAAAGGGCGGCAACUCUGAUUCACGAAGCAACUCACUUUGCCCCUGCGGCUAAUCAACCUGGGACGAAUGCGUUUACAUGGGAGUUCUACGGCGCUCACCUCGCUCGUGUCCUGGCGCAUACCUCCCCCGAUCGUGCUAUCGUUAAUGCGGAGAACUAUGCCUAUUUCGCGAGGUAUCGAGCCGGAUGCGAGGCCCCAGGAGGUUGCAGCAUCAUGUGA